AUGAUACAUCAACGUACAUUUUCAACUGAUUCAUUUAAUCCUAAUAACAAACACAACAGCACCAGUACAACUACUACUACUACUAAUAAUAAUAUGCUUCAUUUAAAUAAACAAAUUAAUAUUAAUGAUACAAAUUUUGAAGAAAUUUCAAUACCUUCGAAAAAACGUUAUAGUACAGUAAGUAUCAAACAACAACAAUACCCGCAACAAUCACAAUUUCAAACACCUAAAAACUAUUGUCCAUCUCCUUUACAACUUACUCGAUCAUCAUCUAUACGUAGUAAUGGAUCGAUAAAUACUAUUUUACAACAACAACUUCAACAACAAUCUCCAAUGAUGGUAUUGCAACUGCAACAGCAACAGCAACAACAACUGGUACCAAAUACUCCACCUUCACAAUACAUUAUAAAUAUCAAUCGUACUCCUAAUAAUUUAACUCCUUCACAACGAUUAAGUUUACGUAAAUCCAACAUCAAUAAUAGUAUUUCUCAAUAUAAAUCAGAUCAAACCAAUAUAUUCAAAUAUAAACAAAACCCAUCACCACCACCACCACCAGCAGCAGUCUUAUCAGAACAACAACAACAGAGAAAUUCACCCAUAAUUGAUGAUGCUGAUGAAUUAAUUGAUGAUAAUGUUAUAUUUAAUGUUCCAUUUUCACAAUCAAUAUUAUCAUUAAAUCAACAUGAAAAAUUUUUAUUUGAUAAUCAGUCAAGAAAUAUGUCAUUUGUCACUGAUGAUUCUACAAGAACCAGUUCAAUAAUAUCUCAUGUUAGUAUUAAUGAUAGUGUUUCAUCAAUUGGGGGUGCAACUAAUAAUGAUUCUAUUGAGCAAGAAGAAGAAGAAGAAGAAAUGCAUAAUAUUAGUACAUCAACAAUUAAAAAGGGUAAUGAUACUAUUAUAACAAACAUUACUAAUGAACAAUUCCGUAGUAUAUCUAAAGAUGCUCAAGAAUUAACGGUAUUAUGUAAUAAAGAUGAAUUUGCCCAAAUUUAUGAUGAAAGUUUCCAAAAACGGAAAAUGUUAUCUAAUUUCAAAAAAAUUCAAUCAAUACUACCUAAUCGUGGCACUAACACCAAUAGUGGUGGUGGUGGUGGUGGCAAUGGUGGUGGUACAGUUGAUUCGAAAUUUUAUUCUUUUACUAGACCAACAUGGUUACCACCUAAAUCUAGUUAUGAAAAAGCUAAACAUCAAAAAGAAUCUGAAGAUAUAUUAUAUAAUGCUCUUUAUCAAGAAUCUCAAUUACAACAAAAAAGAAUUAAUGAAUUAGAUUCAACAAUAAAACAACGGAAUUUAGAUAUUAAAACAUGGGAACGAUCAUUAUUAAAUAUUAAAACAUUUCAAGAAUUAUCAUUUAAAGAUAUUACCGAAUUAUAUUGGCGUGGUAUAUCAAAUGAAAUUAGAAGUAAUGUUUGGUGGAAAAUUAAUUUAUUGAAAAAACCCGGGAAAUUUAAUGAAUCAUUUUGUGAUUUUUAUUUUGAUAAAUAUUUAAUCAUUCAAUCAAAAUUAUGUCAUUUAGAUAAAAUAUCACGAGAAGGAAAAGGGAGCAAUACUACUACUAAUAGUAGUAGAGAUGAUGAUGAUGAUGAUGAUGAUGACGAACAAACCUUGCUUCAUUCAAAAGUGUUUGAUGUCAAAUUAUUACAAUGGGCGAAAUUAUAUAAUCAAAUUUAUAAAGAUUUAAUGAUUAAUGUUUAUCCCGAUGCAAAUUAUUUUCAAGAUCAUCAAGUUAUUAGUAAAAUCAAUAAAAUUGUCAUUAGUGUGAUAUUAUAUUUAUGUGAUCAAUCAGAAGCAACAACAACAACAACAACAACAACAACCAAUUCUGAUGUAGAUGUAUUUAAAUUUUAUUUCCCAGGAAUGAUUAAUUUAGCAUCAAUUUAUUAUUAUAAUUUCAAAAACACUUACAAAAGUUUUGUUUCAAUGUGUCAAUUUUAUAAUUUACGUUUACCUAGUAUGAUGAUAACUUAUUUGAAUUGUCCUAAUGUUGAACUUCAAUCAAUUUUAAAAUCUUCAUUAAACAGUUAUAUGAUUUAUAAAUUUGAAAAAAUUUUAAAAUUUAAAUUAAAUCGUAUUUCUGUUCAUUUUAAAAUUCAUAAUAUUAAUUCAUUUGAUUAUUUACCUCAAUUAAUAUUAAGUUUAGGAUUAAAUUUAUUUAAUUUUGAAAUUAGUCAAAGAAUUAUUGAUUUAAUAUUAUUUGAUCCAAAUUAUGAUGAAAUUAUAAUUAAUUUGAUUAUUAAUUAUAUGAUGAAAAUUCAACAUAAAUUAUUUGGUAAUAAACAAGAAAUUUUAUCCGCCCUAUUAGGUGGUGGGGGUAGAAAUAGCUCAAAUGGAACAACAACAACAACUACUACUACUACUAAUGCUAAUUCAUCACCUUCAAGUUCUGGUAAUGGCUCGAGUUCUACUGUCAACCCUAAGUAUAUCACUGGUCUGAAUACUUAUCGAUAUGUUAAUGUUGGUUAUGAAAUUGAAUUCCUUAAUUCAUUAAGAGAAUUAUGUAAAUAA